GGAUGUCAAUCAGCCAAAGGCUGCCGUUUUCGCCUGGCGUUUUCCAUAGGGAAGAGCGGGCACUAAGAUAUAGGCAGUAUUUCAAUUUCACAUUCUCCCCCUGACCUGAAAGGGCUUCCAAAUUCUUUCAGAUCUGCCCGUCCUCUUCCCUUUCACAGGAGGCGGCUGGGGGGGAAGGCGCGCCUCUAAGCAUCCUCCCCUUUCCCUUCCCUCUUGCGUGCUCAAAGUAAAUAGGAAGGGCUGGGUGUCCAGGCGUUGAAUUUCACUUCCUGUCACCUGGAGUUUUUUGUCUCUCCCUGAGCUCUUGCUAAAGGGCGCACCUUGAAGUUCAGGCGGCGGGGAAGGAGUUAAUCGGAGAUCCGCGGAAGGGAAACACCCCUCUUGGGCUGCAGCGUAGCCCGUGAGUCAGUUUCACCUGAAACCAGUCGGCAGGUAGUGAAAAAAAACCCGAAAAGGGAAACAGAUCGCAGAGGUCCGAGGGAGGAAGUCGUCGCACAAAACCGAAGGGACGGCGCCCAGGGAGCUUCACUCUUCCGAUCCCCGGACACGCGCCCGCCGCCCGCAAUUCUCUCCGAGGAGGAACCGAAAGGAAGAGUCGCCGUCGCGCAUCGGCAGCUGGACUUUUUGGGAACAGGCGAGCCAGAGUUUUUAAAAGAAGAAAAAAUCUGGGGGGGAAAGUUAUUUAAAGAAAUGCUCUUUGGGCUAAAGAGCCACAAGUAGAGGGGAGGGGAAAGAACUCCCUUUCAGCUGUCCUAGUCGACGGUGCGGUCGACUCUCCUUGGCGAGCCCUUCUGCGCUUUGCCUGCUUUCCGCUCCUCGAAGCGCACCGCCCUCGCUCGGCUGCGGAGAUCCACCGCCUGCGCGGCAGAAGGGGCUCCGCCUGCGUCACGAUGCUCCCCCGUCGGCUUCACGUCCAGGCUGGGCUGCUGCUUCAGCUGGUCGCGGCUGCCUUGGUAGCCGUCGGGCAGGAAGAGGCGGCGGAAGGAGAGUCCUUCGGAGACAGGUGCCAGGCCCAUUUCACGGCCGGCUUGCCCGAGUUCGUCCUGGACACGGACGCCUCGGUGGAGAACGGAGCCACCUUCCUGUCCUCGCCGUCGGUGGAGAGGGGCCGCGACUGCGUGCGGGCCUGCUGCAAGCACCCGCAGUGCAACCUGGCCCUGGUGGAGAAGGUCCCCGGGGGGGACGAGGAAGACGGCAUCCACAGCUGCUUCCUCCUCGACUGCCUCUACGAGCAGGCCUUCGUCUGCAAGUUUGCCCGGAAGGAUGGCUUCCUCAACUAUGUCAAGAAGGACGUGUACGAGGCCUAUGUGGCCAUGCGGGGGAAAGGCCAUCGGGGUAAGGAGAUGUGUGUGUGUGGUGGUUAGGGUGUCUUGUGGGACGUGUCGAGAUUUGCCCUACUAUAGACUGAAGUAUUAUUCCCCCCGCAAAAAUACUAGAAUUCCAGAGAGACCCAAACAAGGCGGGUCAGGAGUAAGGAGAAGUAGGACUUCUACUGGAGUUAGGAGCUGGUUUUUGAAAAAAGGAUUAGACCAGGGGUCGCCAACAUUUAGGGACCUUGAGUUUAUUCACAAACUGGAGGAAAUGUGGUAGGUAACACAACACACACAACAUCCCCCCCCCAAAUCCUGGGAACUGUAGUUCACCCCUCUCGGGUUCAGUUCUCAGCACAAACUGCAGUUCCCUGUAAGACAGGGUGAUGUCUAGUUUUCAAUAUUGUGAUAUAUUACCAGCUGAGCAUUGCAAUAUACCGAUAUAUCGCGAAGUCUGAAUUAAGGAUGAAAGUAUGUAGAAGCGAACCCAGGUUUCUUUCUUUUUUGCCCUUUAAGUUUAAUGUGUUUAUACAGCUGCUGCCACCCUCACAACCAAGUACACACUACAACCUGUUCAGUUGGCUACAGCUAAAUGCUUCCUUCAAGCCUAAUUUCAUCAGUGGGAGGAGCAGGCACCCUGUGGGUGUCAAGGGUGCAUGUGUGCCAAGAGGUGCUACAUUGGAGACCCCUGGAUUAGGCAAGUGAAUGGAGUGUAGGUCUAUCAAAGCAGUUUUAACUACUGAGUUGAGCCCCCAUGUCCAGGAGCAGUUGGCAGGAGAAAGCGACCACCUUCAUGCCUUGAUCAUGAGUAACCAGAGGCAUCUGCUGCCCCUGGAAACUGAAUAGUGGAACCAGUUGACCUUGGUCUGAUCUGGAAAAAGUUAAUAUGCUUUUGUGAGAGAGACUCUGGCCAAACAUUGUUUUGAAAAUUCAUAAAUCCAGAAUCUUUAACAGGAGGAAGGGAAAGCACAUAUAUUACAAAGGCUGAAAUCUAAGCACAGGGAGGAAAUCUCAUUGGAAAAACCCACCAGGGAGCAAAUCCCAUUGAAUUUAGUGGGAUUUAAUUGUGAGAAAAAGAUGCUCAUAUUAUGCUGCAUAACUGGAAUGUGUAAAUGAAAGCUUAAGAACUUUCAGCCUUUUCACUGUGUGAUCCUGGCUGAAUAAUUUAACUGGAUGUGUUAUAGGGGUGAAGGGCAAGGGUCUGUAGUUUGUUCUUAUUGCCUCUCUAUAAUGGCAGCCUUCCAGUAGAAUGUCUACAUAAAGAUCUUUCAAAAUACAUGCAGCAGUUUCUAACAAAACAAAUAUGAGGAGUGGCAGGCAGUCAGGCUCUUCAUCAAUAACAUAGUUCUGUACUUUUUCCUGGAAAAGUGCAAUAUUACAGGAAUGUUCCAGUUUACUUUAACUAUGGAACUUUUCCACAUUGUGGCUUCUUGUGUGCGUAUGCAAAUUGUGACCGUGUAAAACAUCUAUCCCACAUCCCCAUGCAACAUGGAUUAUGACGCAGGGCAGCCCUUUAACAAAAAGAAUGGUAAACUCAUGGGGAAAUGCCACUAAAGACCUUUCUGCACAUGUUGAUCUCUAACACUACAAAUGUACACGUGCUGCCCAUUAUUUGUGUGCUGCCUGUGUAUCCUUCCUCAAGACUGGGCUUUUGUUUCAGGGUGAUUGCAUUUUCCAUCCACUAAAUGUUAUAUUUUAUAGUACUUUGCAGCCAAGGUGGCCUUUGGCUGCAUACUAACUCUAGCAAAGAGUGCCUUGUUCAAUUUUUUAGUAACUUGAGUCUUUAAAAAUUCAUUUUAUAGCUUGCUUCAAAAUUUGCAUCUGUGAUUUAUCAUUAUUACUCGAGACAGUAAAUUUGCACAAAUGUAUCUGAUCAUCAUUGGUCAAGCACAUACCAUUUGAGUGUUACUGAUCUUAUAAACAUUCCUGCAAAUAGCUCCUUCCCCCAAACACACAAACAAUGCAGUAUUAGGCAUGCAGGUGAGUAUUGCCAGAUUUACAAGAAAAGAUGAUCUGCUUAUACUAUUUGAUUCCUCUAUUUCCUUGCGUGCCUAGGAAACUACAUCCCAUUCCACAACAGUGCAUCUAUGGUUGUUGUGAUUAGCUUCAGGUUGUGUUAUGGGCAACUCCUGGAUGUAGUCAGCGGUGUAAUUUUAUCAGUUGUCACUAACUAACCAGCCUGCAUAUCAGCUUGACUAUCACUUACCCCAGUGGUUUUCACCCAGUGUGCCGUGGCACCCUGGGGUGCCUUGAAUGAUGGUCGGGGUGCCAUGGGCAACACUAGCCUCUGUCCCUCUUUCUUUCGUUCCCUCGCUCCCUCUGAUGCCCUCUCAUGUCUCUGCUGCCCAAAGGCUUGCACAGCUGUUUAUUGCAGCAGCCCUGGCUAUAAGCUCUGCAGGUGAAUGGUGUCUCUGGAAGGCACCUCUCUUUGGGGUAGGGUGGGGGGCAGCAAGAAUGGCGGCAGCAGGAGAAGAGGAGGCUGAGGGAACACUCCACAAAGGAGGAUGUUCGAAAAGGAGUGAGUGGCAGCCAUCUGUGUGGGCACGGGGUGACCUAACUGGACUCCUGAGCCCCACAGGGGUGCCGCAGAAAGAAGGUAGUUACUUAAGGGAGCCGUGGACUCAAAAAGGUUGAAAAUCUCUGACUUACCCAACAAGAAUAAUUCCCCGGCAACAACCCAUGAUGUGAUGCUGUACUUCUUGCACUCAAUCAAGGCUGUUGGAAUGCCCUGUCUCAUAACUGGUUGGACAUUCCCAAUGAGGACAUGACUUGGACUUGUGCAGGAUUUGGACCAGGGAAACUUUGUUUCUAAUCCCUACUCAGGUUCCUUGUUGUAGUGAUAAACCUUUUAGCCCCGUUGACUGCAGACAUGAACUUCUGGGGGAAUAUUAAGGAGUAUAUCAACAGAUAAGAACAGCGCAUGCACAGUCAUUGAAAUGACAUUCAAAGUCCUGCACUACUCUAGUAGAGUCUGUAAGAAGGGAUUCUACCACAUUUCACUGGGGACAGAAGCACGGUGCCAGGCCAUAGGGAACAUUUUGAAUAUGCACAACCCCAGACCUUACUCAGGUCAUCUGCAGAUACAAUGUUGAAGGGUCAAGGGAAUGUGAUGUACCAAUCCAUACCCAUAGUCUAUUAUUUUUUCCUUUGGCCUAAAUGUGCUUUGACUCCUGAAUGUCCAGAGACUUGUGGGAGAGAAACGGGAGUUUCAGAUCUUGGAUUACUUAAGAGAGCUUUGAGUAAAAGCUCAUUGUGCACCUAUCAAAAUAUCUUUGCGGGUCCAAACGUUUUAAAAGUGCCGCUUUCAGCAUUUAAUUGCACGUAAAGAUGUGCCUUCCAUGAAGCAUUUUUUCCAUUUCUCUUCACUAACUAUUUGCGGCCUGGCAACAGAAGUACCAGUCUUCAAAGAAAUCUAAACCUAGGCCUAGCAAGGAGUCUCAUGGGGAUUAGGUCUGAGCCUUCCUGGAACCUAAUUGCCUCAUGCUGAACCAGGAAUGCUUUGAUGGAGGAGAAGAAUACAGUGCAAGGUCCUGUAUUUGGAGGUGGAACUUCAGCUUCCUGGCAUCUUGAGUUUAAAAAGGCUCAGGCAGCAGGUGGUGUGCAUGAAACUCUGGAGAGCCACUGCCAAAGGUCGCAUCCACAGCAUACAUUUAAAGCACUGUUACAUUAUUUUGACAGUCAUGGAGAAUCCUGGGGACUGUAGUUUGUUUUGGCUGCUGACCCACACAGAACUACAGUUCCCAGGAUUCCCCAUGAGUGUUAAAGUGGCAUAACAGUGCUAUAAUAAUAAUAAUAAUAAUAAUAAUAAUAAAUAUUUUAUUUGUAUCCUGGCCGAGGCCAGGCUCAGAGCGGCUAACAUCAUAAAAACAAGACAAUAUGCAUAAAAACAGACAUCAAUUAAUUAAAAUACAUCUUAAAAUUAAUUCAGACAAGUUAAAAUCUGGGCAGGUGGCAAUUAUCAGGCUGGAAUUGAGAGUGGUUAAUACUUGCCAGGACCAACUGUUUCCACUGGUCAUACAAGGACCUGUGAGCGGGUUGAGGGCCUCCUUUGGGCUUGUUUUAUACAAAGGAAAGUAAGUCAAACUGCAUCCUGCCCAAAGGCCUGGCGGAACAGCUCCGUCUUUAAAUAUAUAGCAUGGAGGUGAUCAAAGCUGGGCUAGAAAGAUCAAUGGGCAAAGGUUUGAUCUGAUGUAAGGCAACUUCCUAUGUUUAUAUAGGAGGUCUCAGCACCUACUUACCAGUUGGAUGCACCAAUUUACUGUAAGAGCAUAAAUAAAACAUUAAAAAAGGAGGUCUUGUCACAGCCAGGAAGACCUUUUAUUUUUGCUUCCUCUUCUGUUCAGAAUGUUUCAUGCUUUUCUGUUACUGGAAAGAGGAGGAGGUUAACAUGAUAGUGAUGUUGGGUAUUUUUGAAAGGUUUUGUCGUGUGUGCAUGAUGCCAUCAAUAACAGGUUUUGUUUGUGGGCUUUUUAUAGGCAUCUUGUUAUCUGCUGUGAGAACAGGAUGUUGGACUAGGUGGGCCUGAUCCAGCACUCUCUUCUGAUGUUCCUGAACAAUCCACCACAUUUUUUAAAAAUGUAGCUGUUGUAGUGGAUGAUAGAUAUACGGUAUAUGAAAACACUAGUUUCCUACUUUCUAUACUUUAUGCUAGGCAUGGCAAAUAUAUGGGCAUGGAUGGUUUUGAAGGCUGUGAGAGCAAUUUGCCCUGCACUCAUUACACAUUUCCCUGUACAAAAUUGCUGCAGGAUUUCUCAAUAGUAACCAAAACAAAUUUAAUGCUUUAUCUGUUAGUGGGGGCAGUUCCAAAAAAAGUAAGGAAUGUAGAUGUUUGUGUAAAUAGACCCUGUCAGUAUACUGAAACAUAUGUGUGUGUGUGUGUGUGUGUGUGUGUGUUAGGUUAAAGUUUGACGUUAUUGAAGCUUAACCUUCACCACCCAAUUAUUAUAAGGGAGCUGAAAAACUGUUUCAAGCCAGGAGAUGGGAAGAUUGGUGAACAAAAAACUAGCUCACAAAAAUUGAAUGAGGUGGAGACUGUACGCAGUACAGUGGUACCUCUGGUUACAUACACUUCAGGUUACAUACGCUUCAGGUUACACACUCCACUAAGCCAGAAAUAGUGCUUCAGGUUAAGAACUUUGCUUCAGGAUGAGAACAGAAAUCGUGCUCCGGUGGCGCAGUGGCAGCAGGAGGCCCCAUUAGCUAAAGUGGUGCUUCAGGUUAGGAACAGUUUCAGGUUAAGAACAGACCUCUGGAACGAAUUAAGUACUUAACCCGAGGUACCACUGUAAUACCAAUUUGGCUUUCUCCUGUAUAAACUUCUCCUUGUGUUGAGGGCAUAUUCUGAGGCGCCUUCUCUGAAUGACUUAUCAUAGACGCUUGCUGGUCUCUCCAGGUUAUGGAAUGCCUUUCCCGGAAGGUUUGCUUGGUGCCUGUUCUUCAUUUUGACCCAGGAUUGUAAAUUCUAUCCAGAUGGGCUUUUGGAGAUAAGCUAAACGCUUAUUCUUUUGUCUACUCCAGCUUUAAUUUGCUUCUUUCCCGCUUUGUUUUUGUGUGUGGCUUUAAAAAUCUCCGCAUGUUUAUGUUUGCUGGGGGCUGAUUUGUGGGAUUGAGAUAUUUGAAAAUGAAAUACAAUUGAAGCUGCUGACAAGGAAUGGUGGUGGGAUCUGAGCCAGAAAACAAAUGUAUUCUGUAGCUAUGACAUAUGAACUAGGUCAGGAGGUGGGGAAUCCCGUAGGGAAUGGAAGGCUUGUUUGAACAGGACAAGUGAGUGCAUCAUUUCCGUUGGGUGCCCGGGAAGAGUGAGGUUACUAUAGGUGUGUUUCUAGGAGACCGGAUUAACAAAGCCCCUGAGCAGUGAGGUGACUUACCUACCUGGCAGAUACUUUUUCGUUUACGUCACUUUCUCUCCAUGACCUGCCUGAGACUUCUGCUGCGCUGGAGGGAAUGUAAGAGACAAAACACAGAAGUUUGCCUCCAGUCUGUGCAUAUCAUUAAAAUUAGUUUUGGCAGGCAAGGCUGUGUGGUUGUCUGACUUAGGCAAUGCAUAUGACCCCACCCAAAGAGUAAGGAACAGAGACCGCCGAGAAUGUGUAGAGUAGCAUCCCGGUCGUAAUGAACCCUGCAUGCAGUCUCAAGAGGAACAGGUCAGAUAUACAUGUUGUCCACUCCGCUUGAUCAGUUCUCCAAGCUUUUUCUCUGGAUGUGUUUAGGUUAUUGUAAAUGUGAAGGGAUAUGUAGAGUCAAAAAGGGAGAGGGGACAGCAAAAAUGUAGGAGAGUUGACUGUUCAAAUAGUAUAGUUUAGCACAGUGUUUCUCAAACUUGGGUCUCCAUAGUUUCCAAUUCCCAUAAUCCCUAGCUAGCAGGACCAGUGGUCAAGGAUGAUGGGAGUUGUAGUCCAACAACAGCUGGAGACCCCAGUUUGAGAAACACUGGUUUAGGAGCUUUGCACUUCUGCACCAUGUCUCAUGCAGUGCAUAAGUAAUGUGUGCCUGGCUCUCACGUUAUUGGCCCAAAGAGCAAUAUAGCGGUCAGAAGUGCAGUAGUAAAUAAGCUACAUGGGUAAUGGAGGAGGCUAGGCCGGAAUAUAAAUCAAGCAUGACCUGAAGGAUAGCUCAGUCAGUAGAGCACGAGACUCUUAAUCCCAGAGUCAUGGGUUCAAGCCCCACAUUGGCCAAGAGAUUGCUGUAUUUCAGGGGGUUGGACUAGAUGACACUUGGGUCCCUUCCAACUCUACGAUUCUCUUUUUUUAUGUGUUCUCCAGAUGGUGCUGUGCUACUAGAGUAGGGAUGAAAAUGUGUAGCCCUCUAGAUGCUGCUGGACUGCAAUAGUCACCAUCCAUGACCAUUGGUCAUGUUACUGGGAACCAAUGUCCCCACUGUGGAAGGACAUGUGGGUCCAGAAUUGGCCUCCACAGUCACUUACAGACUCACUGUUAAAACCGUGUUUAUGGAAGACAAUCUUACUUGGCUACGAGUGAUUGCCGAAGAAGAAGACAACUGUGUUCCCAGAGUAGGGAUGGAAACCUGCAGCCCUCUAGAUGCUGCUGGACUGCAACAGUCAUCAUCCAUGACCAUUGGCCAUGUUGGCUGCUGUUGCUGAUGGGGGCUGGUGUCCAACAUCUGGAGGACCACAGGUCCUCUCCUCUGUGCUGGGUUGGAUUUAGACCUGUGGGAGCUGACUUCAGAAAUGCAUUGGGGCAGGGUUCUUUUCUUGCAUCCUCAGUUCCCCAUCAAUAAAAUGGGAACAGGGCUGCUGCUAGGAUAAAUCUGAUCAUGACUGCAAAGCAUUUGGAGCCCUAAAGAGUACUUUAGAGAUAAUUUCUAAGAAUUGGUACAUGCCACUUCCCAAAGUGUUAGUCUGGCGAAACAUUAAGGGUAAUAAUGGGCAAAUUCCAUAAUGUCAGAAUAAGGAUGGGCAGCUGGGCCAUGCUACUUCCUCUUUGUCAUCCUGUAGGCCAAAUGCCCCAACUGGUAUGUCCAGUAUAAUUCCAGUAUGAUUUCUCCAGAGCCUUGCCCAGUUAUGGUGGCAACCUUCACCCUCUUGUACAGCCUCAUGAUGAUCAGCUCACCAAGCACUGCCAGGACGGUCACAUUGGUUUUUAUUUGUUAGCUGUCAAAUGCAAGCACAGCAAACACAACUGAGGUUGCAACAUAACAUUGCCAUGCUCUUCCUUAUCCAACAGCCCAAGCUCGAUAUGUGCCUUGGCUCACAUGGGUGGCCUGUUAAUUUCUGUAGAAACUCUGUUCCAUCCCACAGAACAGAGUGAAGAACCUUUAGCCCCUCCAGAGAUUGUUGGACUAGAACUCCCUUCACCCCCAUCACCAUUCUGGCCGGGGCUGAUGGGAGUUGGAAGCCAACAUCCUCUGGAAAGCCCAUAGGAUCCCCUUCCCUACUGAAAUAGAUUUGCUUCCUUCACUGAGAUUAGCCUUCUUCCCUCUCUUGUGGGCAGGUGAAAGAUCUAUGGUGAUUCUUUCGAUCAUCACACAUAAGAUUUUAUAUACCAGAAUAAAAAUGGAAUGUAUGCUCAGAUGUGCAAAAACAGCUCUGGGGUGAAAAAAAGUGUGUGUGUGGGGGGGAGGCAUUAGCUCAGUUGGUAGUUAGAGCAUGGUGCUGAUAAUGGCAAGGUUGCAUGUUUGAUCCCCGUAUGGGACAACUGCAUAUUCCUGCAUUGUAGAGGGUUGGACUAGAUGAUCCUCAGGGUCCCUUCCGACUCUACAAAUCUAUGAUUCUAUGUGCCUAAACACUUUCUGCUCAAAUGAGAAAACUGCUUUUAGGAAUAGAUGGGUAUUUGAGUACUUGUUUGCUGACCGCUUAAAAAAAAAAUAGUCAAAAGAAGACGAUACAUAAUUGUGCUGAAGCUGAGCAAGAAUAGAAAUAAAAGCAUUUUGUCUGGAAUCUUUAGAUGGAAUAAUAUGCCAAAGACUCUUCUCCUUGUUUGUAAUUCUUGAGCAAGUCUGGCGCCCCCUCAGCUCUCGCCACUUGUUUUGGCUGUUAAGGAUUGUUUUUUGUUAAGGAUUGUUUUGGCUGCUAAGAAUUAAGGAAUAAUGCUGUUCAUCAUAAACUGUAUUCUUGGGUGCCUGCUGUUGACUCUUUAGUGAUGCUGCUGCACUCGUUGUUUUCUCCAUAAAAUGGGAAUCCUGUGUUUUCCUUAUGUGGAAGGGCAGGACCCAAAGAUGUUUACUGGCAACAAUCUAGAGCCUGCUAUUUAAGUUAUGACUUCAUAGGUUUAUUCUGGGUCUAGGCAAACCAGUUCAGUGGGAGUGGAAUAAUAACCUCCUCAAACUUUUGGCUAUGUUUAGAACAGCACCUUCUCCUAAUACUUGCAAACACAGCCUGCCUCCAGUUUUUCAGUUUAUUGGGUGGGAAGAAGUGUCUCCAGAACUGUCACCACCCCAGAAGCAACUGCUGGUGACUUUUGGACUUUGAUCCUAGGCACUUGCAUGCAGGGAAGUGGCUUUUAUUGAGUGAGAUGGGGAUUUCCUUCCAAGGUGUUUUUGCAGUGGAGCCCAGCAAUUUGCCGUUUGUUUUCCCAACAGACUUUGCCAUCCAGCCUAACCUACCUUGCAGGGUUGUCGUAAAGUACUUUAGCCCCUUCACAUUUACCAGAAGACUAAAUGGUGGGACACAGAAAUUCCUCUUUCCUUUUGAUUGCUUUCACCCGUUAGUAGCAGGUGUUGCUGGACAAAAGUGUGAAUUGGUCUGGAUUUAAUUUUGAUUUAGCAACACACACUAGGCCUGGGAGAUAUAUCAGUAUAUAGCCCAGGACCAAUAUGAGGAGCCGACCGUGAUGUCGGCUUCACUCACUAGUAUAUCGCUGGUGAAACCACCACCGCUCCUGAGUCCCUCUGCUAGCGACUUCUCUAGCCAGUGUUUCUCUACCCCAGGGGCCUGCAAAGUUUUUGUGGCUUGGGCCGGUUCACGGUCUCACAGACGCCGCGGUGGGCUGGAGUGUGUGUGUGCGCACAUGCAUGCACAAAUGCUCCUUCUGGGGCGGAGGAGGCGUGCACAGCUUCCCAUUGGCUGCGGAAGCUUCCUGCAGUCAAUGGGAAGCUGGCCAGCGUCACAGAAGGCGGUCCCUGCUCUGCUCCGUGCCGGUUUAGCACGGCGCACAGCAGCUGACCAAGUAGAAAGUGGGGUUCCCUGAGCGGGUGGCGGGGGUCCAUGGCUGGUUAAACGACCCCCAUGGGCCGCUUGUGGCCCAUGGGCCUUAGGCUGCCGACCCCUGCUCUGCCCUCAUACUGUGCAGAGGGACAAAAAAGCUACAUUGGCGAAGCGCCCAUAGAGCUUGGAGUUCCCCCACUGCAUCUUUUAACUGCUCAGCUGAUGAGUGUGCGGUUGCUGCUCCCCUCAGAGUCCCCCAUCCUGGCACUGGCUCCAGGCAAGGGAUCCCCGCUGCUCUCCCCGCUCAUCCGCAAGCUGGGGGAACACUGGGGAUGGGAAGCCCUCCCGUGCCCCAGCUGAGCUGCACAAACAAGCCGCCUUGUCCCAGCCCGCUAGGCGCCAGGGUGAAACCGCGUCAGCUCCUGCGGUGAGAGCUGCGGCAAUUUCACCCGGUGCCUCGCAGCCAGUGCAGCUUGUUUGUUCAAUAUCGAGGUAUAUCAUGACGUUUGGCUGGUGAUAUACUGCGAUGCUGCAAAGCUGAUAUCGCCCAGCCCUAACACUCACCGUGACACAGUUGGCUGCUGCUUUAGAUUAAUAUGAAGUGUUCUGAUACCUUUGCCAGUGUUUUUGCAGGAAAGCUUGAAGCCACUCAUUGCGAUGGCAGAGAACUCAUACUGGCCAUCAUCACUUUCACAGCAGUCAAAAAAAAUUUAGUGUCAUGGGGCUACUGAAUUUCUUUGGAUUUGCUAAAGAGAAUGUGAUACUGUUUGCCUUAAAACAAGGGAAGCGAAACCCCUGAAAAUCCAAAGUGGUACAGACUAAAAAGAGUUGCAGUGCUUAGAGUCGGAAGGUAUUUGUCAUGUAUACAGUGCUAAAGAAAGUACGAACAACUGGACAGUUUCAUGAUGCUGAACUUUGAUCUGAGCUUAUGAUAGGCAAAUGCUUACUUGAAUCAAAGUUCACAGAUAAAGGAAGUUAGACCAGGAUUAUGUAUCGAGGCGAGGUUUGUUUUUGUAUAGUGUAGGUCACGAUAAAGAGAGAAAGGACUUCGUUGAAACUCUGGUGUUGAAAGAGGCUGCAUCUCCAGGGGCAGAGUACAUGUUGAUGCAGAAGGCCCAAUUUGAAUCUCCAGCUAAAAGGAUCUUGGAUAGCAGAACUGCAAAAGCCAGAGACUUCAGAAUAUUGCUGCGUCUCAGAGCAAAAACCAAGCUGGUUCAAAUGUUCUCGUCUGUAAAGGGGUUUGCCAGUGGCGUCUUGGCUACAGAUUUUACCCAGUCUAACUGUUUUGGAUCCUUUCCCCAACACAACCUUGGGAAUUAUAGUUCUGGGUUCAAACCAGGGCUCUUUCAUGAAACUGAUUCUUGCUACAAAAGCAACAACUGCUUUGUGUUUUGGACAUUAACUGGUCCUAAUAGCAUUUAUUAUUUCCACUGACUUGACUCUACAUACUCCUCCCUGGACUUAUACAACUACCAAAAUCUUGAUCUAAGCUUGUACAGUAGUACAAUUAUGUCCUUCAGCUCAUUUAAUUUCCGUGUUGGGAAAAAAAAAAGUUCCAGGUCGAGCAAAGGUCCAAGUGUGGUUUGUGUGUGCUGUUGUCUUUCUCUAUAAAGGUGAAUGGCUCAGGCGUGAAUGCUUUAAUCUCUUAAAGACCAGACUCACCUUUAGAAUCUGUCUUCUCUUUUCAAAUAGGAAUUUUAUUGGUAUGAGUUUUGUUUGUUUUUCUUCAUGUGUACCUUGAGUGAAAUCUUUUGUCUGGAAUAAAGUAGGCAAGUCCUGUUGAGGCAGAUUCCAGGGAUGGCUGCAACACAAUACAAUGUGCAGCAGGGCUUGCGGAGUUUUGAAACUGAGCUACAGAUGAGGCCUACAGGAGUCCUCCUUCCUGGUCAAAAUUCCUUUUUCCCCCAUUUACUCUUCUCCUCCCAGUUUCCCAUUUUUUCCCCUUCCAACACUCAGACAGCAAGCAUUUCAUGGCCACUAAGCAUGCUCAGCCAUAGCUGUUUUUGGGGUUAUGUUGGUUGUCCCAAGCCUGCUGAGAUUUACGGGUAUAUGAUUAGAAAAAGUCUGUUGAACUUUAUUUCAAUAUAUGAUCACAGCAUCGAAACUUUUACAUGCACAAAGAAGGAAAAAUUCAUCAUUGUCUACAGUGGAGGAAUGGUUGUUAGAAUUACUGGACUUGGCUGAGAUAGUGAAAUUGACAUGUUUAAUCAGAGAAAACCCAUUGUCAACAUUUACUAAAGACUGGAAACUUUCUAUGGGUUUUUUGCAUGAAAAAGAAAAUGUACUUAUGAUAUCUCGGUUUGAGGAUUGAAGAUAAUGUUAGUUUAUAAAAGGUGGAUUUGUUGAGUGUUGUCUUGGAGUGCAUGUGUUGAACAAUUCUCUCUAAAUAGCUGACAGCUAAAGAAUCGGAAGUUCUCUUUUCUAUUUCUCUCUAUUUCCCUCUUUUUCUUUUACCCCAUUCAUUUUUUCUUCUGUUUCUGCUCUGGGUUUUUAUUUAGAUUAGUGUUUUAGUCUUGAUAAAAAUAUAUCCGAUAUUGAUCUUUAUUUUUUCCCAUAUUUCAAUAAAAGGAAAGAACCUUCAAGAUACAGUGGUGCCUCGCAAGACGAAAUUAAUCCGUUCCGCAAGAGUCUUCGUCUAGCGGUUUUUUCGUCUUGCGAAGCAAGCCCAUUGACGGAUUAGCGCUAUUAGCGCUAUCAGCUGUUUAGCGGCUAUUAAAGGCUUAAAGGCUUAGGGAUUAGCUGCUAAAAGGCUAUUAAAAGGCUAUUAAAGGCUUAGCAGAUUAGAUAAAGGGGAAAAGCGAAAAAAAUCUCAAGACUCGCAAGACAUUUUCGUCUUGCGAAGCAAGACCAUAGGGGAAUUCGUCCUGCGAAGCAACUUCAAAACGGAAAACCCUUUCGUCUAGCGGUUUUUCCGUCUUGCGAGGCAUUCGUCUUGCGGGGCACCACUGUACUUGAAAACGAAAACAGAUUUCCUGUUUUAAUUGCUUGGCCUGAGCAGCCUCCUGGCCUAGGUAGUGUUGGCACAACAGAUCACCUUCCUCCUGGGGUCAGGGCAAGGUGCAGUUGGGGACUUCAGCUGGAGGGUCCAGGUGCUGUUAACAAUGCAAGAAUAACAUUUUAUUUUAAACACCUUGGAGGAAGGUUGAAGUACUACAGUAAAUGAAACUGACCCAUUUACAGUUCCCAAAAGCUCACCCAGAGCAACUGUGUGCAGUGUGCAUGAACUACAGAGGCAUAAUGUCAGUGAUACAAAUGAAUGAUGGCUUCCAGUCUGGGCAUGUAGCAGAGGGGCUCUGAAAGAGACAAGAGCUCACCAUCACGUCCCACGUCAGGCAAUUGCUUAAGCACACACGCUACCUAAAGCUUGUAUAGAUAUAUUUUCUAGCCCUGGUUUUAGUGUGGAGUUUAGCAGGGCUCCCCCCCCCAGGUGUAAAUCACUGGAACUAGGUUCUGGCAUGUCUCAGGUGGGCGCCAUAGCCGUCCUAAGAGAAUGAGGGAAGUGUUCAUGGUGAGUUCUGGCACCUCUUUUUCUAGAAAAAUAGCACUGGAGAUUAGGAAGUAUGCUCACACAUGUUUUGCAGUGAAGUACUCCCUGGAGCAAUUAUAAACCUUCCUGGGAUGUUUCUGGAAGGAGUACUUCACUGUGAGACAUACGGUUUAUGUAAUCAGAUGCCAAGUAAGUGCACUUGUCAUGGUGAUAUCCUAGUAAAAACCUAUGGGGACUUUGAUGUGAUCCUAACCAUACAGCCUAGAGUAUAAAAAGGGCCUGGGUCCUCUGUGAUCUAUAGGGAGCUAACGAUUUCCUUAUUUCAUAACACUUCAUGCAUUAUGCAGGUUGGUUUUCACAAAUAAGUAAUUUGAGCUGAGGCAGUAUGAAAAUACACACAAAAUAUAUAUAACAUAGUAACAAACAAACAAACACAAUCAUGUAAGUAACCAAUUAAUGCCUAAAUAGGCCCACUGUAACUGUUUCUGAUAUACAUGAAAGGGCUUUGUGGUCCAGUGUGUGUGUGGGGGGGUAGUACAUCAAGUAGAAUAGUAAUACUUUUAUAAAUAAACAUAAAUUAGAUACAGUACAGUGGUACCUCGGGUUACAUACGCUUCAGGUUACAUAUGCUUCAGGUUACAGACUCUGCUAACCCAGAAAUAGUACCUCGGGUUAAGAACUUUGCUUCAGGAUGAGAACAGAAAUCAUGCUCUGGCGGCGCGACAGCAGCAGGAGGCCCCAUUCGCUAAAGUGGUGCUUCAGGUUAAGAACAGUUCCAGGUUAAGAACGGACCUCCGGAACGAAUUAAGUACUUAAUCUGAGGUACCACUGUAUAUAGCAGUACUUUCAGAAUGUAAUUUUUUAUUUUUUGUUAUGUGCUAUUUCUAUUUUGUAAGGGAUUGUUUUGUGUUUAAAUGCUGUGUAAUAUAUAAAUAUAUAUAUCCCUGCGGAAGGAGGUAGUUAUCAUUUCCCUGCAGGCUAUUUUUGUGAUCAGCACCCCACCCCUAUUGCUUUUCAUGGGGUAAGGGAAAUACAUGCAGAAAAAUGCUGGGGAGUUUUAUAAUUGAUCUUCCAGAUUCUUAUGUUGUUUGAACCUCUGUGUAAAGCACCUUUAUGUUACAUUUUCUCCCUUUGUGACAUGAGAAGAGCCUGUCGCCAUGGAGAAACUCAUCUAAUGAGUUUCUGGGGAGAAGAGGUGGCAUAAUAAACAUACUCAGGGGGCUAUUCAUUUAUUAAGUCAUGUUUGCUCUAAUUUGAAAACAUCUGAGACAUGUGUCUGAUCUGUCAUAUAUAUGUCUGAAUGCACACCCACAGUGCAGCAUCAUGCAUAUUGUUGUUGAAACAGGAUGGGUGUGGGUGCAUCAGAAUCCCCUGCUAUAAAAUGGAGAGUUUUCUUCCAUUGGCUUACCAGAGGAUUCCAUGGAAACAAUGCCUGUGUUUUAGAAGGAAGUAGUCUCUAUCCAUUCAGUUCCUUGCAUCUCCAGUUAAAAGGGUCAGGUAGCAGAAGCUAUGAAAAACCUUUAACUGCCUGAGAUCUUGGAGAGCCGCUGCCAGUUUCCUAUGCAUUGGCAAUCCAUGUGGGGAAACGACCUUGGGGAAAUGAUGGGAACAGUGUGCUUGCAUGGGUAUAACCUAAUGUAAUCCUUUGGGUGUGUCCUGAGCAUUUGCUGGUCUUUGCCUGUUGUUUAAAAAGUCUUGCUGUUCCAGCCACUUUCUGUAAUGACGUUUAGGUAGCUGAUUGAAAACUCUGGCAUAACUGGCUGCACUUCAUUCUAGUUUAAGGUCACUGGAAACUUCCCAGUACAUUUCCAUUUGACAUCAAAUGUCUUUGCCUGCAGCUUACUAGAUUUGGCCCUUUCCCUCCAGAUGAACAGCCCUUAUUGCUAAUGAUAAAUUGGAAAGGAAAGCUGGAGUGAACUUUCUGGGGUAAAAGAUUAUGGUAGUCCCGCUUCUUCGGCAACCGUCUCAAGGGCCUGUUUGUUGAGUUAGUAGGAUCAAGUAGUAAUACCACUCUUGGACACCUGUAACAGGUGGAGCGAGAACCAAAGAGAGGUAGAGCCGACGGAUUCUGGUUUUGCCCUCAUCCUCCACUGUGGCUGAGUUGUACAGUGGCAACACUGAGAGGAAGGAGGACAAAAAAAGACCAUCAAUGGGCUUUAUAAAGUAAGAAGACAGGCAGGUGGGGGCUGGAUAAAGGCAGACUGAGGUUAGUGGGGCAGUGCUCCACUUGCCCUGCUGGAUGAGCCUCCCCUGUUUAUUCUUCUAUUUGCAUAUAAGAAUGGGCACAGGCAAGGAAGUAGACAAGAUGGCGGCAACAGCCACUGAGUCAACAAUAUGCUACAAAAGUGCUACUUGACUUCAUCCCUUACUGUCCUUAAAGCUACUUGUCUUCUACCACUUUGAAAAAAUGUCUAAUAAUUUUUUAAUAUAAACUGCUAAUGUAGCAUUUUAAUCACCAGCGAUACCUGUCCUUGGAUAUCCAUUUUUUAAAAAAUCUCCUGCAGGUUGUGGGGUGCAUUUGCAGCUGUCAUGUCAUUUUAGUCAUGUGUUUCUUCCCUUCAUUUUUCAGAGUUGGAGCCAAGCAUUCUGUCAUCCUUUGUUAAUCCUUUCGCUUUACUGAUUUUUUAAAAAUGAUUUUAUUCAGUUUAUAUUAUUAUUGGUUAGCUGUGCAUGGUGCUGUAUGUAGAUUGGCAGGAUAUAUUUUGAAUUAAUACAUAAACAUGUUGUUGCUUCUCCCCCUUGUCAGAUGAUCGGCCGCCCGUGGCCCGUGCAUGGAUGGAGAUGAAAGUGCAGCCUAACGAGCCGGUGACGCUGAGGGGUUCAGAAAGUUUUGAUGACCAUGGUAUUGUGAAUUAUGAAUGGACUCUUCUCUCUGGCGAUGACUCUCUGGUGAUGGAGGUAAGGAAGGCCAAUUGUUUGGCUUAGGUUUGCUUCCACAAUAGCUUGCCAGUCUACACUUAUCAGCAUUCAGAUUAUCAUAUCUCUGCUUAAUAAGCUGAGACAGAAUGAACUGCCUGCACAUGAAACCCCUUCUCUCCUUCCUCUGUGUCAGCCAUGAUUAAACAAGGGAAUCUCUUUGUAAACAUUGUUUUUCAUUUCAUUCGAACCAAGAAACUAUGGUUAGUAGUUUCAGAAUCAAGGUAUGAUAUUCAACCAUAGGCCAUAGUUUAAGAUUGAUUAAAAGCUUUAGAACAAGCCUGAAUCUUAAACUAUGGCCUGUGGUUGAAUAUCAUACCUUGAUUCUGAAACUACUAACCAUAGUUUCUUGGUACGGAUGAAAUGGGAAACUAUGUUUGAUUCAGGGAUUCCCUGAUUUAAUUGUGGCUCCUAUUAAGAGAGGAGCGAAGGGGCUGCAUGCUGUGGCAAAAAGGUGGUUUAUGUCUUGGCUUACUAAGUCAACAUAUGAUCAUCUGAAUUGAGCCUGUGAAUCAUUUUGUCAUGAUGUCAGCAGUAUGGUUCAAUUAAGUUGUUACUCAGCAUACGCCUCCUUUCUUUAAGCAAAUUACUGGAGAUGUUAUGCAAAGUAACAAGCUCUGUGAGAAUAGCCAUCAGCUUUGCAUCUGAUAUUCGUUUACUCCCUUCUCCCUCUAACACCUUUGCUUUCCUCUCCUACUAAAUGACCUUUUUAUAUCCUUGAAAUCCUUAAUAGAUGGGUUAAUGCGUUUUUUUUAUAUUUAAUGAUAUGGCAUUGUUGAACUUUGCACAAAGAUAAAAGACAAUGAGAUUAGCAUUCAGUACUAUUAAUCCCAGAAUAUCGUUUAAGGGCAUAUGGUUUUCUUACAUUAUACGUAAGAUCAAAGCAGGUCUGAGCCUGGUCAGUGUCUGGAUUAGGAGACUGCCUGAAAGCCAGAUCUGUAAGCUGUACUUAGUGUAAGUUUGAUUAUGUAAGGCAUGCCUCAGUUCAAAGCUUGAACCUGUCCUGGGUUCGCGUAUUCUAGAUGUGUGCUACAUACAAUCCCUUGCUUGCUACUGAGUAAGUAAAUCCAGUUUAGGCAGAUUCCAGUAAUGACUGCAAGGGAGGCAGGGCUCCAGCAGUUUGACAUUCUGCCUUUCAGCAAUCUUUAAUGAGUUCAAAAACAAGAGGCAGGUCCUUUGCCACUACGAGUGCUGGGUCAGAUCAUCUGCCUUUUCUGGCCCAAGGAGAUGGGCAGCGAACGACCUUUUCCCAGGGCAAGGGAGAGUCUUGGGGAUUGUGACUGGGUGAAUAUCCUCACGUUCCUCAGUCACAGAAUGCAGUGGUGUUCAAUCUGCCUUUCAGACAUGGCAGGUGGUAGCAUUUGAGGUGGGCUUCGAUCUAAGAAUUGCCGCUCUAUCCUUCAUUGGGGAAACGGGGGCCUGACAGCAUCACUUGCUUGUAAUGGGCACUGUAAGUACCUUCCACUGGUGGGGAGGUAUACAAUAGCCACAUCAGACCUGGUAGUUGCCACCUGAGUUGCAUGUGAGAGGGAGACAAAGUGGGAGGACCAGUCACAGGGACAAAUCACUACUGCUUUGAAGGAAAGGGAGGGGUCUGUGGCUGGAGGGUGGGUGUCCCAAGAAAAAUGCCAUUCAAAAAACAGGCUUCAAGUGAAACUAGGCCUUUAUGUGGUACAAGCAUAUUCAGGGGCAGCCUUCAUGAAAAAUCAGUGAAGGACUGUAACAUGGUAUAAUUGCAUAGAGCUGGCAUGGCCAAACUUGGCCCUCCAGCUGUUUUGAGACUACGAUUCCCAUCAUCCCUGACCACUGGUCCUGUUAGCUAGGGAUGAUGGGAGUUGUAGUCCCAAAACAGCUGGAGGGCCAAGUUUGGCCAUGCCUGGCAUAGAGCUUUUAUACACUUCUGUAUUACACACGUGAUUACUAUUAACCAAUCAUAUGACUGCAAUAAAUUUCCUAUAACCCACUUUCAUCACUCCAAACCAAUUGGGAAUCCUUUCGCUCCUUUGACUAGCCCUCCCAGCCUUCUCAUUAAAAUAUGUAAUUAUGUAUAGCUAUUCUGCUCUGUCUUUCGUUAUUAACCUUUGACUAAUUAUUCUGUUCGUUAGCUAUCCUCCAGCAUCCUCUUUUAUUUAUUUGUGAUUAGUAUUUUCAUUCUUCUACUGACUUCAAGAUUAAAUUCAGUCAGUUGUUAUACCUAGCCAACUUCCUUCAAUCAUUGCUUAUGGUACUUGUCUUCAGAGAUUAAUGGUGCAUUCUUUCAGUAUACCAAGGUACAGGUAUUUCACACUUCCAAUCUAAAAAUGGUGUUUGUGUGUGUGUGUGGUUUUUUUAAACUAGGCAGGGAUAGUGAGAUUUCAUGGUUUUGCUAGGCCACAAGCUACCAGGAAAAUGGAGUCUUGGCUACAAAAAUGGAUUCAAACAAAACAAGAAGAUGCAGAUUUCAAACAGGACAAGGAAAUUUGAGUUUUCUGCUUCAGGGGAGAUGGUGGGAGAUGGGAAAGGGAGAAACCUGAUCCCAGACUAGAGGUUGCUAGCUUCCCUUGUGGGUCACCUGAGGUCAAAUGUAAAUUCUAGCUUGUGGGACUAGUCUGGCAACCUUAUUAUGUCCAGUGCCUUUGCUUCCUGCUCUAAAUUGUUGUAUAAUGCCAUGCCAUCUACAUGCCCCAUAAAUUGUUACUGUCUACUUCAUGACGCAAGAGUGAAUAUAAAGCACUCAUUUUAUGUUGGACAAAUGUGAGGUGCCAGGUUACAGUGCCAUCUUGGUAUCUGAGUCUGUGUUCAUAUCUUGCAGUGUUUAAGGCUUGGUGCGUGUUUUUUCAAAACCAAUGUAUGGCUUCUAAACACAAUUUUGAAAAGCUUUUCCAAGGUUGCCUUGAACUCUUCAUUAGGUUACAUUGUUUUUUUAAAAAAAGUUGAGGGAUGGGGAGGCAGGAGAGUUGGCUAAUGUUCAAAGCCAUCUGUGUCUACGUCUGGCAAGUGUGGCCUUUCUUCCUAGGAGCGAAAAACACAUAAUAGCAGAUGCCCCAUCUCUGCAAGUACAAAUAGCUUUUACAAAGUUCUGUCUCUUUCUCCUUAGGCCACUCACUGUAUCACUGUGUGGCAUUUUGGUUGGCGUAAUAAAGGUAUUGCCCUAAUAUGGCUUUCAGGUUUUUUCCUACAGCCAACAUGACUUCCUUCUACUCUUUGUAGUAGAAAGGGUUAGUCUUUGGUCCUUCUAGUUGAUGUAAUCAGGAAGGGACAGCUUUGAUUGGAGGUCCUGUGACUUUUUCAAAUGCUUUAUUACAACUAUCUCAGUUAUCCUAAUAAUACUGUGUGUUCUGUAACAUUUUGUUGUCUUUUUGCAAGACUGGUCUACUAAAACAUUUCCAGUGCUGGGAUCCAUUGUUUGAAAUGUCCUGUGGGGCAGUCCCAAUUGUCCUUGGCUCUCAGUGUAUCAGUGUAUGGACAUUGAAAAACGUCCCUCAAAAUUCCUGCGGCAGUUUGCCAAAGUAGGGAACCUCCAAAUUUGCCUGGAUGCUUUAGGUCAUGGCUGUGGAACCCAUGGCAUCUCGAGAUGAUGGUGGACUCCAGCUCCCAUCAUUUCCAGAACAUGGCCAUUGACCAGUGAUGAUGGGAGUUGUAGUCCAGCAGCACUGGUGUGGUGGUGGUGGACAAGUUCUCCAUCCUGACUUUAGGUCAGGCAUCCCCAAACUCGGCCCUCCAGCUGUUUUGGGACUACAGCUCCCAUCAUCCCUGACCACUGGUCCUGUUAGCUAGGGAUGGUCGGAGUUGUAGUCCCAAAACAUCUGGAGGGCCAAGUUUGGGGAUGCCUACUUUAGGUUCUGUGGCAACCACCACGAUUACAUUUCUUGAACCAAGAUGAGAGAAUGCUGAAGCUCUUGCUAUAGCUUAUGUUAUAAUGCCUUCUGAAAGGACCUCUCUUCUUUACAUUUUCCAUCUUCAGAAAGAGACAGAUCAUGUGGUGGUCACCAACCUGCAAGAAGGGACUUACAUCUUCCAGCUGACUGUGACGGAUACUUCUGGACAGAAGGGCUCUACCAACAUCACCGUCACUGUGCUAAAUGCUGAGCAGACUGUAGGUGGGUCAUUGCUGGCUGUACCUUUCAAAGAUAGAGUCUAGAACUGGAACCCUGGCUGAUACUAGUCUUAGGGACACACUGGGGAACAGUGUCACAUGCUGGGAGCUUCCAACUAGUAAUAUUGUAAAAUCAGGGGAAUAAGCUAAACCUAAACCUAACCAGUGCUUUCUAACCAGUGUUUUCUCUGAUACUUACUGUGUGUGUUUCUUCUAGAGCACUGCUUGGCUCCUUAUAAGGUGGGACGUUGCCGGGCUAGCUUUCCUCGCUGGUACUACAAUCCAGAAACUCAGCAGUGUCAGGAAUUCACCUUUGGGGGUUGCAAACCCAACAAGAACAAUUACAUACGAGAAGAAGAAUGUAAACUUGCCUGCAAGAACGUCCAAGGUUGGUCUCCUUUGAGAAAAUCCCUCCUUUCUGGAUUUCAGAGAUUCAAGUGAGAAAACAUUUGUCAUUUGAUAGGUCCCACUGAGAAUUAAUUUUUGAAGGGGUGGAGGAAGAACCCGUAUACCAAGUCUCAAUGUGAUGUGCUCAGGCUUUUUGAGGGGAGAUUAAAAAUCUCCAUAAAUUUGGAAGCAAUAAUUAGCCUGGGACUUGUUCCAACAUCUUUAAUGCUGAACUGAUCAUAAAUUGUGGCAGUUCCUGCAAAGCAUUUAUUUUAAAGAUUGAUGAGGACUGGCUAUUCUAGCCAAGCAACAUGGGAUUUUCCCCAUCUCUCUAGUCAGAGCUCAUCAUCGCAUGCGAGAAAUUCAUUCAGUUAAAAAUUGAACAUUGCUGGCAUCCGUCUGUCUUGAGAGACAAUGGAAGAGUGGGCCAUUGGGGGGUAAAGUCAAACUGCUGGAGAGUUACAGUGCCUGCUAUGGCUGUAGAGGCCAAUAACAGAGAGUCGGUCUGCCAACAGGCCUGGUACCUGAAGCCAGCUCUCUGUAAAUCACUUCCUUGGGGAAAUUCACCUUCAAUUUUGUGGUCAAACUGCCUGCAAUCCUUUCAGGACAUAACCUCGGAAUGCUGAGUUUUGCAACACACAAGUCAUGUUCUUUCCCAUACUUCUGCCCCCUGGUAUUGGCUGAAUCUUAAUAGCUUUAAAUGCAGUGAGUUCACUGAGUCUCUGUAACCUGUGACUUUUUGUACUUUGCUAAAAGCUAGCUAGGUUUUGGAAUCGGGAAUGACUGACAGCUGUUUCACUAAUUCUAGAAGGGUGUUGUUGGGAAACCACAUUAAAAAAACUCUCUUUCUCCUGUGGCCCCUCCAACACAGUAGUGUAGCUGGAAAUGAAUUGUGUGCAUGCCAGCAUUUAAAAGGAGGGGAAAUAUAAGAUAAAGCAUUAUUGUUUUGUCUGAAUUUUUAGAUGAGAUCCAAUGACUAGCAUGUAAUUUUCUGAAAAACAGCAAUCUCUCCCCCUCCUAAUCUCUCUUUCUUUCUCUCUAGGUGCUGUUGAAAAGCGAAAUGAGCCAGGUAAGCAUUUCAGUGGCCUGGUUUGUCCAGAACACUAAGCCAAGUCCGGGCUUAGGAGAUGGCCCACAUGUGCAGAUUCCUAGAGUGGAACCUGCAGCCACUCUGCUCUUCCCUGGUGCUUUCUGUUGCCAUGCUGUACUCAGCUGAGCCAAGGAUUGGCUUAACAUUCUGCCUGCAGGUGGGCUCGCAGUUAAGCAGAGGUGGAUUUAGGGCAGCAGGACUGGUUCUGCCGCACUGGGUGCUGGGGCUAGGGGGCGCCACAGAGCGUCACAACUACGAUGUCAUAAAUUGAGCAGAACGGAAGGCGAGAGACAAGCUGGGGGUGCUGAAAUUAGACCUUGCGCAGGACGUCGCUGAAAUUUGAAAAACCACAGUCUGUCCCUGAGUUAAGUUCUCUCCUCACUAACCAUGAGCUGUGAGCAGUAACACACCUUGGUUACAGUUCAUGGUUAGCGAGGAGAGAACUUGACCCCGAGCCCAGAUUUUGACAAUAUGUUAAGCCAAACCGUGGCCCGGCACAGCACAUUGCAACACUUUUGUGCUCUCUCCCUAAGCUAAGGUUUGGCUUUGCGGGUUCUGCCUGUAUAUCUGCAUGACUCCACCCUUUCUCACUUUCUUGCUGACUUGAGCCUCAAUGGCAAAUACUGGUGACUGGUCUCUUGCCUCUGUGCUUGCCGUGUUGCAAAGAGGUAGCUUUCCUGGCAUGGUGAAGCUCUUGUCUUUACUGCUCUCACUGGCACAAUCUUUAGUCCUGGUCUGCCCUAAGGAUGAUUGAUCUGAAGCAAAUGUCCCCGUCCGGAAGGGGGCACUGUCUUUGCUGAGAACCAAAAGGUCUGGUUUAUAUUUCCCCUAUAGUGUGCAAUGAAAACUGCCUGCCCUACUCUUUCAAAUGUGACGAUGGCUGCUGUAUUGACAGCUUCUUGGAAUGUGAUGAAACUGCAGAUUGUUCAGAUGGGUCAGACGAGAAGUUAUGUGAUUCGUGUAAGUAGGUGUUGCUGUGACGUCUUUGAAAAUGGGCAUAAUCAUACCACGCAUGCAGAAGAAUGCAGGCCUUGGCAUCUCCAGGGAAAUUAUAUCUGGAGUCAAAAGGCCAGAAACACUCUAGCUGUUUUCCUGGCACUUCCUCCCUUAGAGAGAUACCUGCGGGUGGACCAUGGCAGCUGGAAGCAGCCACCCUCUGAUGGCAAACAUGGUCCUUUUCUUUCCCCACCCCAGGAGAGGAAGUCAUGUUCUGUUCUCAUUUUUUGUGUUUGUACAAUUUUGGGACAGACCACUGAAGCUGCUAUCAAAUCUACUAUCUCUUCUGCUAGAACCGUUUCCACAAGUUCACAGAACUGAAGCUGGAAAGGGCAGGAUGGUAGUCUUCUCUUUCCCUCUCUUUCACCACCAAAGAUGGAUCAUACCUUAUUUCAUUUUAAUCAGUCCAAUACAGAAAUCACAGUCCCCUCUGAAAUCUAAAAAUGCGUAAGGACUGCUUCACUUGUGCAAAUCAGGCAUUUCUCUCCCCUCCACACACUUUUACAUGAACCCUCCUCUCUCUCUCUCUUAUUGAGUCCAGGAUCUUGUGUGGAGAAAUGUAAGCAAACAGGGCUGAAUAGAGGCACCAUCAAUAUAUUUCCACCUAUUGCAAUCGCCAGCAUCAUUGCCGACUACUGAUUGUAUCAGUGUAUUGCCUUGUUCGUGCUGAUGUUGUAGUGCAGGACUCUGUAUUUGGAUUGAGUGAGGAGAGAUUUUAUGAUGAGCUAGUAUGCAUGUGUGUGCACGUGUGUGCACACUAGAAGCAGCCAGCUGGCAUGUGUGAACUAGCUUUUAAUGGCAAUGUCCUGCAUUUCCUUUUGCGAAUGUUCCCGUUGCUCUUGUUUGUAUUUCUGGUCAAAGUGUCCGUUGCAAUUUCACAGGACUGCAAACUGUGGCUUAUUGAGAACAUGUUUUGCAUUUGAAGGUGGGGGUGUUUUUAUUUCUUAUAUUUUUUAGGUGAUAAAGGGCAGCUAACAAAUAUAAGAAUAAUACCAGCUUUCAUUGAUUUUUUUAUUUCCUGUUCAUUAAAUUGGGGAGGGGGACUAAAGGAAAAUGUUGCCGUGUAGAGUACACUGUUUAGGAUUCCAGCCAUUCCAUUUAGUUUUCCUGUGCUCCAGUUUUCUCUAUUCUGCACAUGUACACACCCCAACAAUCAAUCAGCAGUCUGUGGCCACGGAGAAUACCCAGUCUUUAUUGAAUUGUUAUUCUCUGUCAUUCCAUCUCUCUCUCUCUCUCUCUCUCUCUCUCUCUCUCUCUCUCACACACACACACACACACACACACACACUUUUUGUGUAGUGUUCUGUUUUGUUUAACAAAAUGUCUUGCAAACCUUGGGUUUUUCCCUAAGCCUGCUGAUACCUCCCUCUUGUGGGUAGUACUGUUUGGGCUACAGAAGCAACAGCACUCACAGUUGCUGUUGAAAAGUAUGUGGGCAACGUCUACUAAAAUCUCAGAAACCAGAGAGGAAAUCUUCCAGCCAACAGGUUUAAUACUUUAAAAAUUGCUAGAUACAUUUUGCAAAAUGAGAACAUACAAAUCUGUUCCAUUUCCCAGAAUUAGUUUUAUUUCAGCUUUUCUUGCUUUUCAGUUAAAUAAAUGCAAAAAUGUUAUUGCGGUGUUUUGUUUUUAAAGUAGGCCAUACAUACAGGUCUACUUAUUACUGUCUAGUACAGGGGUCAGCAGCCUUUUUCAGCCGUGGGCUGGUCCACCACCCCUCAGACCAUGUGGUGGGCCUGACUAUAUUUUGAAAAAUAGUAAAAAUAAUGAACGAAUUCCUAUGCCCCACAAAUAACCCAGAGAUGCAUGUUAAAUAAAAGCACACAUUCUACUAAUGUAAAAACACGUGGGCCGGAUUGAGAAGGCGAUUGGGCCGCAUCCGGCCCCUGGGCCUUAGGUUGCCUACCCCUGGUCUGGUAUGUCUAAAAUUGAUAACAGAAACAAAUAAGGAGGUGAAUGGGGAAGAUCAGAGAACUACUAACAAAACAACAGGGAUAAACUAUUUAAAUAAGAGGUCAGGGAGUUUCUGACUUUCAUGCUGAUUAUUUGCACUGUCAUCACACCGAAAGAACCAUUAUGUGAACUAUCCCUUCCCCUUUUGUGUUUCUUCCAGAUGUGCAAGGGUUCAAUCGAUUACGUAAUAUCAAUGUUACCACCAGCCAAAGUAAGUAUAUCCUGAAUGCCUGUGGAGUGGGAUCUACUUUGGAUGAAUGUGCUAAUAACAAAUUUGAUUACUUACAUUUGCAUCUCUCCAAGUGUAAUUGAGGUUGGAAAGGGUGACUGUUCCAGAAGGACUGGAGAUGGAUUGCAGUUACCUUGCUCAAAUUAAAAGAAUAAACUGUACCAAAGGCUUUCCUGCAAAGGAACAGUAGCACUUCUCAGCUCCUUAGUAUAUGCAACAUUUUGAUGAACACUAAAGUUAGGCAUUUUCAAGUAGUGUUCAAGUAUUUUAAAUGCAUUAAUUUUUAUUCAAAGAACAAAAAUAUAUCUUAAUCUUCAACUGGUUUGAAAAACCAGCAAAAGUUGUAUGGCACCUUAAAGAGUAACCAAUUUCUUCUGGCAUAUAAAGUAUGACCGCACCUAUGUUUUGUCCAAUGCUAGUUCUGCCCAGGGUAGACCCAUUGAAAUGAAUGGGCAUGACUAAUUUAGGCUCAUUAAUUUCAAUAGGUCUAACACUGAGCAGGACUUAGUUGACUACAACUCUUGGUUACUGUGAAACAAUGAAACUUUUGCAAAAAUGUAAUUGAAACUUUUAACAAUGUGAGGUAAGGAUUCCAUAAAUGUGAAUCAUUCACUGAAUGAGUUCAUUUUGUUUUUUAUCCUCAAAUACCUGGGCCAGCCUUGCCCAACCUAGUGCCCUUCAGAUACAGUUACAUUACUGCAACACACAUUGGCCCCAGCUAGCGUGGCCAACUGUCAGCCAUGAUGAGAUUGAAGCUUAAUAUCUGGAGGGGGUCAGGCUAAGGAAAACUGGACUACAGUUGCCAAAAAUGUUAGAACAGAAAUAAAGUGAAGCAACAAGUGGUUAUGGGGAAAGUCAGUUUUUGAAGGCAGUUGUGCUAAGAAAGCAGUAGGCCAAUUUAAAUAAUUUUUAUCAGAUGAUCAGGUAUUAACUAAUGUCCUGAUACAAAACCAUUUCAAUAAUAUUUUUUUGGCAGGUCACUGUGUGGAUAUGCCAGAUACUGGGAGAUGUGACGAUAGCAUACCUCGCUGGUAUUACAACCCGUUUGCUCAGAAAUGCCGUCGCUUCACCUAUGGAGGCUGUGAAGGCAACAAGAAUAAUUUUGAGGAGGAGGAAGUGUGUAUGAAAUCUUGCGAAGGUGUCACAAGUAAGUAGAAAAAGGACCUAAAGAGGUGGGCAGGAGAUGUGGGGCAUCUUUUCCUUAGUAAAUGUUUUUUGAGUAAAUUUUUGGCACCAUGCAGACCAAAGGUCAGCAGAAUAUGGAGUCACAGACCCUUCUCCUGUUGUGUCUGUUCUAGCAUUAAAGGUUUUAAGAGAUUGGUGUUUAGCAGCCAGAGGCUGACAUAUUUAUACCUCUCAGUACUAGAUGGUGGGAACUAACAAAUAAUGGUGCUUAUCAUGACCUGCUUCUGAACUUCUCUGUGGCAUCUAUCUGGUUGUUAUUAAAAGACAGAAUGCUUAAAUGCUCUUGAUUUGACCCAAGCAAGGCCAGUGGUUCAUCUAGCUCAGGCAUAGGCGAACUCGGCCCUCCAGAUGUUUUGGGACUACAACUCCCAUCAUCCCUGACCACUGGUCUGGUUAGCUAGGGAUGAUGGGAGUUGUAGUCCCAAAACAUCUGGAGAGCUGAGUUCGCCUAUGCCUGAUCUAGCUCAGUAAUAGACUGCUGGCUGACAGCAACUGCUGAUUCUGGUCCCUGGAAGAACCUGGUUUGUGACUGGCCUCCCAAUCGUGGCUUGGUAGGAAGCAUUUAACCCCGAUCCCUUGUUCAGGUGUAACAGAAAGCCAGCUUCCUAGUUUGUUUAUUCCACUUGCACCAGGGGAUAAGCAAAGCGGGAGCAAUCAGCCACUUCUUCCUGUGAUCUUUGGAUAAAGGGCAGUAUACAAAUUUAAUAAACAAUAAAAUAAAAUAAAUAUACCACAAUAAGCCAUAAAGUCCGGCUUAUUGCAUGAUCAUUGCCUGUGAGUAUCCUUGCAUCCCCGAAAGAACUGUUGGCCUCAUAAACCUUUUUCAUUGUCACCAUCUUCUUUUACCUCCCACACUCCUUUCUUUUUCUUUCUGGUUUCUGGUUUCUUUUUUAAUUGUUAAUCCAGCUGUUGGAAAGCAGAGAAAGGCGGUAUAUAAAUCUAAGAAGUAAAAUAAAAAUAAUAAAUGAACAUAUGAUUGAACUGUUGGGGUGAAAAUAUGAUAUGACUUAAAGGGAAAGUUUUGGGAGAGUUUUAAUAUUAAAAGUGCACUGUAUGAAACUGCCUCAAGGAAGGAGCAUCUGCCAUUAUUCCAAGCAUCAUUAUACAACCCUGUCUUUCUCUCCUCCACAGAGGAAGAUCUGAUUGGCCAGAGAUGGAGCACCUAUGAGGCCCGGCAGGCAGGUUUAAGUAUGUAAACUGAACUCUACAAUGCUCUAGUAGCACACUUAUUUCUUUGCUCCUCAGUCUCUGCUGUCUGUCUCUUUUGCUUCGGCUGUAAGCUGCCAUGUAUUUUAGAAAAUAUGAUAACUGGGAGGAGGCAUGGGAAGAAUCCUGAUACUUCUGUACAAAGAAAGUGAUGACGCGUAACUUGUUGCCUUUAGAAACAUGUCAUCAUCACUUAUGUGUGUUACAUACCGUAUUUUUUGCUCUAUAAGACUCACUUUUUCCCUCCUAAAAAGUAAGGGGAAAUAUGUGUGCGUCUUAUGGAGCGAAUGCAGGCUGUGCAGCUAUCCCAGAAGCCAGAACAGCAAGAGGCUGCACAGCGAUCCCACUUGCUGUUCUGGCUUCUGAGAUUCAGAAUCUUUUUUUUCUUGUUUUCCUCCUCCAAAAACUAGGUGCGUCUUAUGGUCUGGUGCGUCUUAUAGAGCGAAAAAUAUGGUAUUCAUCCACUGCAUUGUUUCUUAAAAGUAAUUUAUGUUUUUAGUUAGCAAAAAGUAUAUGCCACUUACUCAAUAAAAGACCUAGGCGGCCGACAAUUAGUCACACAGCUUAUGACUACAAAUCACAACAGUGAAAUUUAAAACCAAAGGUUUUUCAAGCGAGUGCUCUAGAAAUAACAUGUUGAGUUCAAUGGGAUUGAUCUGUUGUAAGUAUGUAUAGGAUUGUAGCCUUAGGCUGCAAGUCUGCACACACUUACCAUAUUUUUCCAUGUAUGAGACAACAUUUUUUUCCUUAGAAGUAAUAGGCAAAAAUUGUGUGUUGUCUUAUACACGGAUAGCAGAGGUGGGACGGGCAGUUGGUGGCAGCAGCCAGCAGGAGAUUGGCAGUGGUGAUUGGGUGUGUGAUUGGUUGCUAUGGCAGUUGGGCGGGUUAUUUACAAUAGCGGUGAGGCGUGGUUGCUCCCCCCCCAAAAAAAAGCUUAACAACUCUGGGCAAUCUCCCCCCAAAUUUUUUUGUUGCGGUCCAGAAAAAUAGGGGUCGUCUUAUACAUGGGGGCAUGUUAUACACAGAAAAAGAUGGUACCUUGGGAUUCUGCGCCUCCGGGUAUCUGCAUGUUACAUACCUUGAUGAGGGAAUCGCACCAUGGAGUACAGUGGUACCUCGGGUUAAGUACUUAAUUCGUUCCGGAAGUCCGUUCUUAACCUGAAACUGUUCUUAACCUGAGGUACCACUUUAGCUAAUGGGGCCUUCUGCUGCUGCCGUGCCGCCAGAGCAUGAUUUCUGUUCUCAUCCUGAGGCAAAGUUCUUAACCUGAGGUAAUAAAUCUGGGUUCUCAGAGUCUGUAACCUGAAGCAUAUGUAACCUGAGGUACCACUGUACUUCUGUCAGGAAGUCCUUGUUGCAGAGGGCUCUGGGAAGAGACCCAUGAUCACCUUUUGCUUAUUGUUUUUGAGAUGGCUAGGCACCCCACGUUAAAAGUGCAUCUUGCAUCUCAAGAUCAGUGCCUUCAGCCUAGGACACCUACCCAAGUCAGAAGCGGUUCACUGGAUGAACCCCGCAAAAAGAGGACAGGUGCCAUUUUGAGUGUGGAAAGGCAAGCAGCAAAAUAACCAGGGGUGCCUCAAAUCCUGGGCUGCUCCAGCCUUUACUGUAAAUACGUUAACAGCACCUCCUUCUUAACGCUUGUUAAGGCCCAAAUAGCAGCUUUGGUUAACCCUGAUUCUCCCCCCCCCCCUCAAAUCUCUCACAGGUUCUUUCGAAACGGCCAUUGCAGUGCUCCUGGCUGUAUGCAUAAUGAUAGUGUUGGCAAUCCUUGGCUACUUUUUCCUGAAGAACAGAAAGACGUACCGGCGACGGCGCCAGCCAGCUACUGCCGCCAACUCCACUCUCUCCUCUGUGCUAUCCACCACCGAGGACACGGAGCACCUCGUCUACAACAGUACUACGAAGCCUAUUUGAUCCGGAAGAGCUGCCCUCCUCUUCUGGGAGUGGGACAGUUGCCUUGACUGAUGAUACUUCUGAAACAAAAGCCUGUGGCUGAAGGAUGUCCCUCUUCCUCCACGCUUCCUUCCUUAGACUGUCAAAUUCCAGCCACCUUACUGCCCCUAGAGAUUGUUCUGACUAUGUGACAGCUUCUGAGGAAGAGGAAGUACAGUAUCCCCCCCACUUUUGUAAUGACAACAGUGGCUCACUAUGCUGUCAGAGGAAGCUGUCACUGAGGGCUUACUGUACCUAUUGAAGGAGUCGUGGUUUGAUUUUUGGUAUGGAUUUCAUCCCUUCACAAACCUGCUCAAAUCUACAUUUCGUGUGUGUGUGUGUGUGUGUGUGUGUGUGUGUGUACUUCUGCCUAGUUCCUUUUUGUUUCUCUUGAAAGUCCUGCCAUCUUAGAGCCACCCUCUCUGUGCUAAGGGUCUAAGUAGUUCAAACCUCGUGAUACUUCUGAGAGUCCUGAGCAGGUUCUCAUACUUGAUCAUUGUGAACUCAGGGUUGCACAUGGCGGUCUUUCUAGCAAGAUGAUAUCAAAAAGAAGCUUGAUACACCACUGGAGUGAAUCUGGCCUCUUUCCAAAUAUAUUGCAGCCCUUGUUGCAUGUUAAUCGCUAGGCAAGAUGCAGUGCACGUAACAUAAAAUAUAUAGUAUGACCAUAAGUUUUAAACGUAAUUUGAACAUAUUAAGAAGUGCGGCUGAAUUGUUCCUAAAUGACUGAAAAUCAGGGUCUGCAUUCAUUCUCCUUGACAUUUUCCCGCCUGUUCCUACCUCCCAAGGUUGCCAUUUCUGCUUUUAAUGUUAAACGACUAGUUCUUGAGUUUGAAUAUUGCACCUGUAUGUAUUUAUUUUUAUAGAAUCAAAAUGUGACUAGAAAGAUGUUAACUAGCUGGUCUCCCAGGUACAUAGUGAAUCUUGUGGAGCAGUAACUAUUCCCCUGCCCUCAUGGCCCCAAUUAUAGGGAAUUCCAAUUGUUUAUUUGCAAGCUAGUACCACGUACUGAUUUCCCAUUACAUGCUUUCACAAGAGCUUCAGAAGGAGCCCUGUGGAAGCUGGAAGACACUGGUUUUUGGUGGACUACAGUAAUAUAUAUAGAGGGAGAGAGAGAAGCAGCUUCUGCCCCAAAGUGAACAGAAAUGAACUGGGUGAAUGAAGGACAUGUAUGUUCCGGUUUCUCAUUUAUCACCUGUCUUAGCUGUCAAAGCAUAUAAUUUAUAAAUCCAAUUGCAAUUUACUGUUUUGAAGUUGCUGAUGACAAGGCAAGCUAUUGUCCUUUUGCUGCUGUUCAUCAUUGUUCAGUAUAACAGAUUUUUUUUACACCCCCCCCCCGCUCCAUUCUGAUGUAGGAGUUGGGAUUCCAGCAACAUUCAGAGGGCACCAUGUUGGCUACCCCUCAUUUGUCCUGAGUAUUGAAUUGAUUGUGGUUGUCGACGCUUGAACAAGAUCCAUCCUCCAUGCGUUUCCCUACAUUUUUGCAAUGCCCUCCUCAGUAUCAUGAACCAUGGUGUUGUUCUCCCUACCCUCCAUAUAACAGCUGCUUGUGUGUAGGCAUGCCAUGUGAAUGGGACCUCUGUGGGGGCCACACUACUCCCCCAUGCAUACAUUCCCCUAGGUAUGGAGGAUGCUUGUGAAAAGGAUUCAUGUGAUAGGGGUAAGCUGUAUGGUGAGCCUAGAGCAGCUAUCAUUGAGAGUUUCCAUGUGACUCCCAGACACUUUCAGGCACAGAAGCCCUCGCAAAUGUUUGGGUUAAGUAGAUGGGCCCAUUCUAGCUAAUCAGCCAACUCCCAUUUUCGCCCUACUAAGAAUCCAACCAAACGUUGCUUUAAGAACCAGGACAAAAUACCCUCUCUGUGUGGUGGGUAGGUGGGCUGCUGUCUGAGAUGAAUUUGGUACAGUUCUGUACUGGGAAUGCAAAUGUAUAUAGCUCUGUCUGCUGCUUUGGAAAUGCCCUCUGCUGUGAAGUUGAGAGAGCGAGCAGAGAAUAUUUGUGUCUUCUUUUUGUGGUGUUAAUGAGGGUGUGUGUGUGUGUGUGUGUGUGUGUGUGUGUGUGUAGAAGGACUUUUUGCACCAGCAAAAAGAAUUCUCUGAGAGAAGGGAACAGCUCUUUCCAAGAGCCAGAUUUUGUUAAUGCUCAGUGAAGUGGCAGAAUGAGAAGAUGAUGGUGAGGGUCACCAAUGUGCCGUGAAGGAAUGGGACAGGAGAUAAUUUAUUAUUUUCUGUGGUUGGCAGGUUACUCCACCUUUUUAAAAUAUAUUUUAUAUCUGCUAGUUCUGCCCUCCUUCCAUCUGCUCCCUCCCCCCUUGUUCCCUUUCUGCAAACCUCUGCUUCCUGAGCCCUUAAAUUCUGGAUUUCUCUCCCUCAGUAGAUGUAAAUUUUAAUAAAAUAUUUUGUUUGUAGCAACUU